UUUUAGCAUCGAACAAAACUUUUGAUAACGCUCUACAACAUUUGAUGGUUAACAGGAGCAAAUUAUCGUUAGCAGGUGAUGUUAGCCGAACUAAGGCUGAAGAAAGAGCGAGUACAUGAGGAAGCGAAGAGGUUAUUUGCCGAUUGGAAACCCGCAGUGAGCAAAAUGUUGGAGACUUAUCUUACAUUGGAUCCAAGCUUUUCGGUUGCUGAAAAUUAUGCUUUGUUUGAUUCAAAUCUCCCGAUUUAUCUUUUAGGCGAGAAAUUUACAUCGAGAAGAGAUAUGGAACGCAUCAAAGACAUUAUGGCAUCGCUGUUAUGGUUCACAUAUCGAAAAAACUUUCAACCCAUUGGUGGCAUUGGGCCAACGACUGAUCAAGGUUGGGGAUGUAUGCUGCGGUGUGGUCAAAUGUUGUUGGCUCGAGUUUUAAUAGUGCGACAUCUGGGUCGUAAUUGGCUUUGGGACCGAGAUAUCAAGUUGGCUGAAUACAAACGCAUCCUGCGUAUGUUUCAGGAUAAGAAAAACAGCCUUUUCUCAAUACAUCAGAUAGCACAUAUGGGAGUAUCCGAAGGCAAGAACAUUGGCGAAUGGUUUGGUCCGAACACGACGGCUCAAGUUUUGAAAAAAUUGGUCAUAUAUGAUCAGUGGUCACGACUAGCGGUACAUGUAGCUCUUGAUAAUGUGCUGAUAACGAGCGAUAUACGCACUAUGGCUUUUACUAGACCUCCUUACCGAAAGUCUGGAUCUCGGCGUGAAACAGGAAGUGAUUAUAAUGACAAUCAUGAUGCUGUUAAUCCUGCUGAAGCGGAAAUAUUUCCGGAAUCAACUCGAUCUCCAACACGAAGUGAAACCUCUUCGAUAAGCAGUUACGGUGGUAAUAGUGAAGAGUGGCGACCAUUGUUAAUCAUCAUUCCACUUAGGCUUGGCUUAAGUACAAUCAACCGUUGUUACUUCCCUGCCAUUCAGGCAUUUUUUCAAUUACCACAAUGUGUUGGUAUCAUUGGCGGUCGACCCAAUCAUGCGCUUUACUUUUGUGGUAUUGUAGAUAAUAACUUACUUUAUCUGGACCCUCAUUUCUGCCAGGAUUUCGUGGAUUUAGAUGAAACUACGGCAACAAGAGAUGAACGUGAUGGUUAUGUCGAGAUUAAAAAUGAUGAAUUCAGAGACAGCACCUAUCACUGUCCGUUCAUCCUGACUACGAAAAUUGAUAAGGUGGAUCCAUCACUAGCACUUGGUUUUCUCUGUCAUACCGAAGACGAUUACAACGAGCUUGCACAACGAUUACGAACACAUUUGCUACCGGCUUCAACACCACCUCUAUUCGAAAUGCUUGAAACAAGGCCGAAAAAUUUUCCGCCAUUUGUACCUUAUGUUGGAGAAAAUACCAAACUACGAGACUUUAUGGAUCUCGGUGAAGUGAACGACAGUUACGAUGAAUUUGAACUGCUUGAAUAGGAAGAGAAGAGAGUCGGAGGAGAACUCCCCGGAACUUCCUUUAUUGUCUCUUUGAGCAGUUUUCUCAUAUCAUUUCUUUCAGUAAAGUAUGACAAGAGAAAUCGAUUUUUGAAUUUCUGGGAGGAUCAGUAGAUGAGAUUUAACAUCGAAGGAAAAGUCGGAGAUUUUCGCUGAAACCUCAUAUAUAGAAGUUUGGACUUCAACCGUUAGAGUUGAUGUGCUGGAUGCUUAAUACUAUAUAUAACUUUUCAGUCGUUCUAAACUUUUUUCGUGGUUCCUUUCAUCCAUGCUUUCACAUUGCGGACGGUGUUGUGUUUUUACGAAUCAUUUGCCAGUUUUUUUUCAUUAUUUUGCUUUUCAUGAUGGCUUAAGAGCUAAAAUUAGUGAUUGGUGCAUGUUUACAUGUUACAUGGAAUAUAGAAUAUUUGGUUCAGUUUCGGUGAAAUAUUCCUUAUAUGUAGAGGUUGGAUAGGAUAUGUGGUUUUUCAAAGGCCA